UCAAUUGAUCUAUUUGUCUUUAUAGCUUAAGCAAUUAUUUACUCAAAUGAGUUUGUAAAACGCUUAAAAUCCAAUGCUAUUGAAAAGCGAACUGUUAGUUGCAUUCAUAUCAAUCUAUUCCACUCCGAUACUUUUAAAUUUCCCUCAGUUCGACUCCUUGGCUACGAUCAUACCUAAAGCCGAAAAUGUACAUAGGCCUAUGGGAUCAAAGUAUCUGAAAAUUUCGACCCAUCAUCGGAGUAUCUGAAGCAUUUUGAGUCGCACACGCACAAAAGGGACACACAAAAAAUCUAGGUUCAAAUUCGAGGUGUAUCGUUUUGAAAAUCGAGUGGCCUGUCUUCGGGUCGAAGAAUCAGUUUUUGGUUGUUUGUUGACGAGUGAAGAAAAGUCGCUGCGAUAUUAGAUUGAGCUCAGAAACGGUUCUUCGAAAAUCUAAGAACCUACAAAAAAAAUCCAAUUUAACAAGUGAUUGACGUGCACGCGGUAUCUUUAAUUGAGUUGGUGAAGAUGCCGUCGUCAUCCGCUAGUAAGACUUUCGCAGAAACCGCGGGCGAUAAUCAUGGUCGAACUCUAAUCGAGGUUUUUGAGAAUGGUACAUUGAUGGGCGCUGUUUUACCUGAGCCAUCGCAAACUAUGAGCGAGUCGACCAACGCGAGUUCCGUGAUUACAUUGACUAGUGAAAUGCUAAAUCUAAAUAUGUUCCGGACGGAUUCAAAUAGUGCAAUAGUGAAUUGUAGCAAUAAUACCUCAUUGUCCUCUGGGGAAACUUGUGGUGCAUUAGUGAUUGACCCGCCAAGUAAUAUGAGUUCAAUUAGUGGCAUGUUAAGUCAAGCGGAAUACCUUAAUUCGAGUGAUACCUGUUCGUCGACCCUUGAGUCGAAUGUGCGGCGUAAUCUGAAACGAUCUUCGUCGCGGAGGAAAUUAAAAAAAUGCCGACCUACCGAGAUUUUUGUAAACCCAUUUCCGCCCCCUUAUGCAACCAUCUACGUGGAUGCUGGAAGUGGGGAUUCAAGUGGUCAGCAAAAUGUAACGACUAUGACGGGGGCAACCAUUGUACCGGCAACGGCAGGAUUUCAGAAUCCUAUAGGAUCCUUUGCUAGUGGCCACUUGACUGUGCAAGUUCCUAUGAUUCGCAGAUCUCUUCCAGAACCAAAUAGAAAAAGGUGCUGUGCAGAUUGGUUUACAAGACCAUCGCUUCCGUUUGUAAUUGGAAUUUUAGCAUUAGGAGGCGUAGCUUGCACAUUGGGCGGGAUAGUUCUUGGUUCCACUGGUCUUAUAGAACAUUCUACACAAUAUUUAAGUGCGGCACUGUUAAUGAUAGGUAUUGGUGUAUCAAUGCUAGUAAUUUCCGGUGCAAUUUGGAGAUUAAGUAUUCCCGACGAUAGUGAAUCCUUCCAAUGCUUCCGACCUAGUUUCGACACAUGCAGAAAUUGUAAUAGUCCAUACUGUGCAAACCGCUUCCUUACGGGGGCCUACUUCUACCCGGAGUUUCAACAUAGACAACCACCACCUUCAUACAUGACAACACUGCAAGAAUAUAGAUUAUUGGUACCUGAACAAUCAAAUGAAAACAACAGCGACAACCAAAGAGUCCAAACCCCUCCCCCAUCCUACAGAUCAUACAGUACAAAUACCUUAAGUGCAUCUGUCCAAGACCUUAAUCAAUCUAGAACUUCAACAGAAAAUGUUACGAACGAAUUACAAGCAAGUGAAAAAGAAGCCACUGGCACCUAA